AUGAAGGGCAUCAGCGAUAAUGACUAUACCUAUGCUAGAAAGGUAUGGAACUGUAUUACCCCAGAGGGUGAUGACGUCACCAUGGGCGACUACCAUGACAUCUACCUCACCAUAGACGUCCUGCUAUUGGCCGACGUUUAUGAAACGUUUCGAGACGUGUGCCUGACGAACUACAAGCUUGAUCCCGCGCACUUUUACGGUGCACCUGGCCUGGCAUGGAAGGCAGUACUCAAGUAUACUGGAAUUAGGUUAGAGCUCCUCACAGACCCCGACAUGCUAUUGAUGUUUGAGAAGGGUACCAGGGGAGGUAUAACCCAGGCUGUACACUGUUAUGCGAGGGCUAAUAAUAAGUACAUGGGAGAGCAGUACGAUCCAGAGGUUGAAUCAUCCUACCUGCAGUAUUUGGAUGCGAACAACCUCUAUGGGUGGGCCAUGCGUCAAGAUCUACCAACAGAUAGUUUUAAACGGGUGUCCAAUACCGAGGCAUUUACAGAAACGCGAAUCGAGAAGCUCGUUGAAAAGAACAAGUAUGGAUACAUUUUAGAGGUUGACAUCGACUACCCCGAGAGGCUACACGACACCCAUAACGAGUUCCUGUUUUUACCGGAACGGAUGGUAAUUAAAAAGGUCGAGAAACUGGUACCAAAUUUGGAAAACAAGCGGAGGUACGUGGUGCAUAUCAAAGCCCUUCACGAGGCUAUAAAACAUGGGCUUGAGCUGAAGAAGGUGCAUAGGGUCAUUCAAUUCAACCAGAAACCAUGGCUUAAGGGGUAUAUAGAUCACAACACGAGGCUGCGGACUGCUUCUAGCAAUGACUUCGAGAAGGACUUUUACAAGCUUAUGAACCUCUCGGUGUUCGGCAAGACCAUGGAGAAUAUCCGGAACCAACGCAACAUUCAGCUGGUCACCAACGAAGACAAGUACAUGAAGUUGGUCAUGAAGCCCAAUUUUAAGGGCGGAAGCCGGUUCAGUAAGCAUCUCCUAGGUGUAGAGAUGGGUAAGGUCGAGGUCAAGAUGAACAAGCCUGUAUACAUUGGUCAAGCCAUAUUGGACAUGUCAAAGCUAAUCAUGUAUGAGUUUCACUAUGACUAUAUGCAGCCCAAAUAUGGUAGCAAGCUACAGCUCUUUUACAUGGACACGGACAGCUUCGUGUACCACAUUCGAACGGAGGACUUUUACCGCGACAUUGCAAUGUCGAGACACGUUUUGAUAAAAGUGCCUAUAAUCCGAACGAUAAUAGGCCUCUCCCCAUAG